CCAUACGGUAACUUAUCAACAUUUCAUCGUCACUGACCAGCUGUAAGCUUCCAACCGAUUCAACUGCUACUUUUUCUUUCUCUUUCUUGGAUCAACCUCCUACCCUUCAAGUUCUUUCAUACCUCCUCUCCUUCCAUGCUAUGAAGUAGCGCCUGGCCGUGAAGGCCGGACUUUUUCUAUCCUCCCCUGUACUUUUUCUCCUUCUCUUUUCCAUUGACUCUUAAGAAGUAUUUCUUAUCUACAUUUGGUUUCUCGCCCUUUCGCUUCCCCGUCGCGGACAUGGCUCCCGCAAGCCUGGAUCACCUGGUCAAAGGGUCGCCAGCUCCUGCAAACAAUCUCUCUUCGGUAUCGACCCCAUCUGACACAUUGGAUUCUGCUCCACGAUCGUAUCCUCAGAAUUCCUCGGAUCCAUCUUCCCCGCCACGCCCGUCAACACCGGACCCGCUGUCCACGUUGCCAUCCUCUCCACCUCAAAUCUACUUGAAUCUCCUCAUCCUAGAAAGCUCCCUUCGGGCUCAAUAUCUGGCGCUGCGAGAACGCCGACGACAGAAUACAUUCUUCCUACUCUUGCUCGCCGCCUGGAUCGCCUACUUUGCCUACGCGCUGUUCCUCCGUCCCCGCGAGGAUGGCCGCGGGGUAGGAGGUUCUGUUUACUGGGUGGUAGAAAUGUGGGAGAAGGUUGCGCUGCUUGGGGGAGUAAUCACAGCACUGUUAGUCUGGGGCACGGGGCAAUGGGAGCGUGGAGUGCGUUGGCCGCGGCGCUGGCUCGCCGUCGCCAACCGUGGCCUUCGCACAAUGAAUACCAAGAUUGUUGUGAUCCGCGGUCCCUGGUGGCAGGAGCUGUUAUCCUAUCUUUCCUUCCUCUUUCCCUUUUCCAUUCCUUUCUUCCCUUCGCCGGUUGGGGACUUCCACUACAUUGAACGACCUGCGUCGGAGAAACGCGCUGGUGGUCGGCAGCACCACCAACCGUACUACAACCUGGAUACUGAAUCGGGUAUGGUGGAAGAAGACCUCAGUCCGGGAGGCGAUUAUAUCCGACUCCUUCUCCUCCCUAAAUCGUUCUCGCCAGAAUUUCGAGGGAAUUGGGACGAAUAUCGCACCGAGUUCUGGGACAAGGAGAAUGAGCGGCGUGCUCAGCUCCGCCAAAGGCUGCGCCAGAAGGAGCGCCAACUAGCCCAACAGAACGGAGGCUGGUUUUGGUGGAUUGGUAUUGGAUGGAAGGCAUCGCAGCGCCGUCGGCUGGCUGCAGCGACGCUCACCAAGUCUGCCGACGACAAGGGCCACCAUCGCCCUCACCAUCACCACCACUCCAGUAUCUCUCGUCUCAGCCAUGAGCCUAAAUCGCCCGCUCGCCGCAGCACGCGCUCGGACUCUCAUUCUCGGACUCCGUCCCGAAGCACCACCCCCGUGGGUACCGAUAACCGGCCCCCGUCAAGGUCGUCUGCAAGUGGUCGGCCCCGUCGGGGAAGCCUAACUCCUAACUCCACAGCAUCAGGCUCCGAGCAAGGGCAGCAGCACCGCAGGAAGAAGUCGAAGACAUUAUCUCGGGGGAUGUCACCCCUGACCCAGGCCCAAGUCAGGGAGGGUGUGCGCACGUCGUCAUUCUCUUCCGAUGACUCCGGGAUAUUGGGCGAGCCGGACAAAGUUAGAGAUGAACCUCUAGAACAUUGAGGACCUAGCAUAUCAGUUUUUAAUCCAAGCUUUGAAUCUAUACCCCAGUUUGUAAUGUUGGAUGCAUCAUUGCAUUGUUUGUCCAUUUUCAAAUGCGACCAUGUUCCAUAUCUUAUAUUCUUCUACACUCUUCUCAUGCUACAUCUUUUAUUUCGGUAUAUUACUUUCUGUCCAUACCAUGUUUUGAUAAUAAAGCGAGGGCCAAGGAAAAUAAGUUGGUAUAGUGUAAACAGGUAUACAUACAAUGACGAAGACAUUUCCCCC